AUGGGAUUACCGGAUUUGCCAGAACAGAAUGAUGAAGAUGAUACUUUUUGUAUCAGAGAAGACAACAUAAUCAAUGUUGAAAUAACAAGUGAUGAGAGUGAAUAUGAAUCCGGUGAAGAAAAUGGACAUAUAGGAUAUCAGCCGCUUAGUUUGCAGGAAUUUAAUGAAUCAACAAUGGAUAUUGAUGAUGAUGAUGAUGCUGAUGAAGACACCGAGCCCGAAGAGUUAUCAUCUCCGCAUAGUGCUUAUAUAUCUAGUGCACAUCACCCGAAUUCAGAUUUUCUCAACGUGGAUGUAUGGAAUGCACCAAGACCCGAAGAGUUGAACAUUGAAUUGGAUGGAGCUAAAUCAAAUCAGAUUCUAAAUGUGAUGGCUGCAAUACAGUUGCCAAAUUUGUCUGUCCCAGAUUGGGCUAAAGGUAUUCCUGAGGACAAGUGGAAGGAAGAUCUGCUUCUUCGAAUUCGUCAGCAUUCUUUUCCGCGAGAGGCCCAGAAACCAGAUGCUUAA